AUGCCGCGUCUCACAAGGUCCAGCUGCCUUCCUCAAAAUCAACCCGCCAUUCAGAUCUUCACAACGGCAACCAAGGCCGGCAUUACACCGCAAUUGCCCGGAAAGAGGACUGUCGCAUCUUUGCCCGUUUCACCCUCGAAAAAGCGAAAGCUGCAGGAACUUCAGAAUGUGGAAAGUCCGGGUCGUCAACCUACAGAGGAGGAAGCCGAGACUCCCUCGAAGACUUUGAAAAUUAGCCAAUUGUCUGUUUCUUCUCCACGAAGUGGUCACUUUGCAACUCCAAAGCGAACUCCCAGUCGCCGAUCGCGUGUUGCAACUAUCGCCGAGAGCCCCUCAACUCCCAAUACCCCUUCGAAGCAGCGCACUAUCAAUUUUGAAAAACCCGUUCUCAUUCUCAAAGAACCCGUUCUCGCGCCCCGAGUCUCUUGUGUUUCUGAUUUCCUGGAACUCCACACUGCAUUCGUUCAAGCCCUCGCCAUUCAUGCCGCGCACAAUGGUCCUAUCACCCCUGCCGAUUUCCGAGAAUUCCUCCCCAGUGUCACCCGGAUCUGGAAGAAGCGCAAGGUUCAGCCCAAGGAUAUUCAACGUUUGGUCUGGGUCUGGGAUCACACCUUGAAUGCCAAGGACGUGUGCUACCGCCUCGCCAACUAUGGACUCGGCAAAGUGUGUCUCGAACGAACUGUGAAAAUCGACGAAACCGCCUCAGGCUUGCAAGAUGCGUUUGAGCAGGCCUUUGAUUUACUUUGGGAGCAAACAGAGGAAUCUCUGAACCAAAUUAACGAAGAGGAGCGUCCUGCUAUGUUCAUCGAAACUCUGGGUCUCGCCUGUAUCCACGAAUCACUUACUCCUUUCACCGCGUUCCAGAAGGGCCAGCAGCGUCUGCAAGAUCUCAGAAGUGGUGUCAUUCGCAUGAAGACCGAAGCCUUGCGCGCAGAGGGUACCCUUACCAACUCCAAGCCUUCGAUUCCCACCAACAACCGUCGCCAGGGUCUACUGGAACGUCUUAAGAGCAAGGAACUCCGCCAGUCCAAGCUCCCGCCUCCACUCUCAAAGAAAGAAAUGGUCCGUCGCUCUGCAGCUGAUCGUGCGGAGGAAAUUGUUAGUAUCUUGGCACUCCUCCGCCCCGCUGGCUACGUCGGAACUGGUAUCAAAGCUAUGCUUGCGAACCAACGCACACCCUUCAAGCUUGAGACCAUCGUCGAACAUGUGCGCCAUUCUUCCCGCAGCCCUAUUCCCGUGGAUGAGGUUGAGGCUUGCCUUGAGAUCCUGGUAGAUGCCCGUGUUGCUGGUCAUUGGGUUAAUAUUGUGACUGUGAAUGGGAUGAAAUCUGUCGUGUUGAAGUCUUGCAAGGAUAUUGCGCCCAAGGAGAUUGUCGCCAAGGUGGCUGUGUUGAAAGCUGAGUGGGAGAACAAGACAACCUCUUGUGUGUCUGCCCCUAUUUUGAGCAUUUGA